AUGCAACGAAAAAGUCGUACAAAGAUUCGUUUUGAUCAAUCAAUCAUAAAUUCUAAUGUUGUUAAUUUAGAUGAAACAAAAGAACCUUAUCAUUGCAAAGGAAAAUUUUUGGAUGAUUUUGAAGCAUUAUGUCGUCAAGCUCAAAUAUCAUUCAUUGUUCCCGUUGUUCAACGGCCACGACCACCAGAUGAAAAUUUACCAAAAACUUACUCAUUGAAAGAUAAUUAUGACUAUUUUAAACCAAAAAUUCAAGUUGAAAUAGAUAAUUUAGACAAACAAGAGACAAUUACAGAAAUUCAUAUUCGAGCAUGGAAAAUCGAUAAUAUAACAUUAGAUAUAUUUCAACAAAGUUUUCCAACAUUAGAACAUUUACAUACCCUUAAUUUUUGGUAUACAGGCCUCACUGAUGAAACAGUAGUUCAAUUAGCAACAUUGCUCCCCAAAUGUCCGAAUUUAAAAACGUUAAUAUUAGACUCAAAUCCAUUGGCAAAUGAACGUUAUGAUGUACUGCUAACAGAUGAUACGAGUAACAUUGUCAAUUUGUCAUUACGUCAUUGUUGUAUAACUGAACAUGGUGCGAUGCAUAUUGGUAAUGGACUAGGAAAUGAACGACGACAAAAUUCAAAAUUACAAACGUUAAAUUUAGCCUAUAAUAAAAUUGGAGAUAUUGGAGCAGAACAAAUAGCAAAGGGUUUAAAAUUUAAUCGCACAUUACUGGUACUUAACUUGAGCAAUAAUGAUAUUGGUGAUAAUGGAGCUGAAAAAUUAGCUAUUGUACUCAGUAAAUUUCCAUUAAGUCGUGAAGAAUUGAUCUAUCGACGACAACUAUUACUAGAUUCAACAAUAUCAGAAAGUGUACCGACACUGUCAGCAAGAAAAAUAAUAGAUAAAGAUUAUGUACGACGGAACAGCAUAACAUCUCCACCAAUACAGCGAAAAAAAUCAGCGUCAGUUGUAAUAUUACCAAUGAAAAAAGGAAAAGUUGAUGCAGCGAAAGAACAAUCAAAAGGAAAAAAGGAUGACAAGACCAUGAAAAAAGGUACACAAAAUAUUGAAAAAUCACGCUCAUAUAUGACGAGAGCAAAUAUUGCCGAAACAAAAACGACGAAAGGGAUAAAAGCAACCGAUAAAAAUUUAAAACAAUCAACCGCCAAAGGAGCUCGUUCAGCGACACAAAGUGAAACGGAUCGAAAUAAUUUUCUAUUGGAUAAUGAUUAUUAUGAAAAAUUACAAACAUUAUUAAAAAAUCGUCGUGAACCAUUAUUUAAAGGAAAAGAAAUUGAAAUUGAAUCAAAUGGACGAGAAACGGUUGGCAGUAUAAAAUCGAGAUGUUGA